CAUUAGGGCUGACGCCAGGGAGCGAUCGAUUCAUGGAGAGUGAGGAGGAAGAGGAGGGCGCUGCCGCGGCCAGAUUCGCGAGCUCCUGGAGCAUCUACGAGAAUCGCGAGGUCUUGGCCAGGUACGCGGUGCUGGAUCCCAUUGGAUCCGGCGCCUACUCGGAUGUCUACCACGGCAAGCGCCGGGACGACGGCCUCCACGUCGCGCUCAAGGAAGUCCACGACGGCAAGAGCUCCUCGCGCGAAUUGGCCGCUCUCCAGCUCCUCACAAACUCCAGCCAUGUCGUCCAGCUCUUGGAUCACGUCUGGCUCCAUCCCGGGGUAUUGCUGGUGCUGGAAUUUCUUCCGGGCUCUCUCGCGGAGGUGAUAGAGGAGCGCAAGGAGAUCCCUUUCCAGGAAUUCGAGGCCAGGAACUGGAUGGAGCAAAUCCUCAAGGCCGUGGCCGAGUGCCACAGUGCUGGGAUCUUGCACAGGGAUCUCAAGCCAUCCAAUCUUCUCAUCUCCAGCGAUGGCGUGCUCAAGGUGGCGGACUUUGGCACGGCGCUCGUCCUGCCAGUGGAGAACGUCGAGGAAGCGGUGAAGGAUUCUUCCAGCGGCAAGAAGAAGCUCAAGGGAGGAGCGGAGUUCGAUCGAUUUGGCAGCGGCAAGAAACUCGACAGUGAGGAGAUCGAGGCAUGGCUCCAGGGCGGGAGCUUCAAGCUCAAGUCGGCCGCGACAUCGUCAGAGCAGCAGCCGGAGACGAUGGUUCCAGCACAGAUUCGAGGCAGCAAGAGCUACGAUCGUCUGGAAAUCGAAGACUCCGGCACCGAAGUUAGUCCUCGAGUGAGCGAUGCGGAGGAAGAAGAAGAUGGUGCUCGAAGAUCAUCAGACAGGAACGAUCGCUACAGCGAUGGCGAGUGGGAGAAAACUUCCAACAAGGAUUCCGAUUGGUACAAGGUGGGAAACGAUGACUUCCGCGGAGAGAUGACCGACUGCGUGGGGACGAGGUGGUACAAAGCUCCGGAGCUCCUCUACGGUUCGACGAGCUACAACUUUGCGGUGGAUCUCUGGGCCGUGGGUUGCAUCCUCGGCGAGUUGAUCCAAGGCGAGCCACUCUUCCCGGGAGCCUCCGACAUAGAUCAGCUGAGCAGGGUGGUGAGAGUUCUCGGUGUCCCAAACGAGACGAUCUGGCCCGGGAUCUCCAGCCUCCCCGACUAUGACAAGAUUUGCUUCAACGACGAUCGCCCGCCAGUGACUCUGGCCAGGAUUUUGCCGCGAGCGUCCGGAGAGGCGCUGCGCUUGAUCGAGAAGCUCUUGGUCUACGAUCCAGCCUCGCGGCUGUCGGCGUCCCAGGCGUUGUCUCACGAGUUCUUCUCUGGACGCGCCAGCUCCAUUGAUGCUUGGCUCAAUGCUGGAAGUCGCAAGUAAUGGAAGAUCUAAUGGAAGAUCUAAGUUCUUCCAAGAAGUUCUUAUCUAUCUAUCCAGCCAUGGAAGACG